AUGUCACGUAUUGCUUCUAGUCUUUAUGAAGAACAUUUCCAGGACCUUGAUCCUCAGAAUGAAGGGGCCCUUGAACCAUCCUUGAACGUGAUCAAGUUUAAGAACAAUCUUGUAACACCGGUGACGGGGAACCACAGGACUCCUGACGAAUGGCGUAACAUCUUUGCAAAAGGCGCCUUCUUCGAGGGGAAUGACGUUAAGCUGGGGUAUUUGCUCGCAUUGGUGUACGAGGACCCUGAGGCCUCUAAGAUCAGCACUGUUUUGUUUACAUCGCUUGGUGAGCUAUGUAUGAACUCUUUGACUCUGGACACCAGAUCGAGGUUCUACGUCGCAUGUGAGAACUUAACCAAGGACUAUAAAGAAUCGAACGUUAGAAGGGCUCUGGCAAUCUUGCUGCUGAGAGCGUAUUCCGUAUAUGGCCAUGUUGAUCUAUCGUCAAUUAAAACCAACAGCCCAGCUGUAAGCCAACGCGACUGGGAUGAGACGAUGGCAGGUGAGGUCGCAUCAAAUAUGACACUGGUGUCAUCAAAGACACCUUUGGAACUCGGCGAGGAGUUGCUAUCAUCUGGUUUCUUACAACCACAUUUCAUCGACUCAACGCGACUUGAUGUGGUCUACCAGAAUUCACCCGAAGUCAUAGAGUCUAAUAACAAAAUGGUCUUUCUGUUAGGGAAACAACUCGAACAGUUGUUUGAUCCUCUGACGGAGUAUUCUCCUGAAUUGACCAGAUCAGUGUAUACUCCUCCAGAUCUUGCACCAAGAGAGGAUACAGAUCUCGUAAAGAGCAUAUGCCAUGAAUUGUUUGAUUUUCAAGAGAACAUAACGACAGAACUCGUUCAGUUUUUGAAAGAAGUUGUCAUCCCAAUGAGAAUCAAAGUGCUGAAUGGUGAUAUAGCGGGUGUUUCAGCAGCAAAGCUUAAUCAAGUUUUCCCUCCUACGCUAGAUGAAGUCACAAGGGUAAAUUGUAUGUUCUUAGAGACUUUGAAGGUUGCUAUACCUUACGGAAGCUUUGAAACGCUGAAAGCAUGUGCGAUAACUAUCCCUUACUUCUACAAAGCAUAUAUGAGGCAUGAAGCUGCUAUGAAAAGCUUCUCGCAACAAUUCAAUGACUUCAUGGAGCUUUACAGUGAGGAACUUCCUCCUGAUUAUCCAAGAAGUAAAGUUGAAUCUGUUGUAAAGGCGUUGCCGAAUUUGACAAAAAUUAAGCAAACACUGGACAGAAUCUACAGUUGUGGUAAUUGGAAAUACAAUGAGAUGGAAGAUGUUAAGAAAUUCGCAGAAGGUGUUGCGACAACUGUGGAAUCUUUUGGUAGGGAGGAUCCAAAGCCCUACAACAGAAGAGUCUUUACACCAACUGGUAAAAUCUUGACAGAGAUUUGUGAAGGAUGGCCCUCAAUAUUGGCAUAUGGAUGGCUCAACAGAAAAGUGAUAUCGGUCGCUGACUCCAUCUAUGGUGAAAAACAAGGCGUAAUAAUUUUGUUCAACGAUUAUAUCAUUUUCACCGAAAUUGAGCGUUUUGAUGGUGAUGAAGAGGACGUCAGGUACUCACCAAAUAUCUCAGAUAUACUGAUGAACUCCUUGACUAACGAGAAACCGAUAAAAAAGAUACCAAAUUUAAAGGUUUUAACUUGGACAAGUCUGAAUAAUGUUGAGGUAUCAUAUUUUAACAAUAGUCAUCUCGAUUUUCUCUUUAAAGAUGAUCCAGAGGUUACAAUAAACACAGAAGUCAAAGAACCAUCAAAGUUUAUCAAUCUGUUGAACAAGGCUCAAAUAUUGGGUAAAUCCACUCCAUUCCAUUUGUUUAAGAACGAGAGAUUUGGACUUACUUUAUAUGCAACUGCUCAUGAGAAAUUAUUGUAUGAUCGUGAACAAAGCCGCUCAAAUAUUUCUCUGUUUUUAAACUUUGAUCCUGAUGUGGAAAUACUGAAGAAGUACAACCUAUUUGCAGGUAUCUUUGCUGAGUUUAAGAACAAUAUGGUUCAGUUAACAAGGCUCACACAGGAGGGUGAGAAGUUUACCAAUUUGGUGAGCGCGUCUGAAUUAUCGGCAUUUAUCUCAGAGGAGGUGUGUGCGUUGGAGAAUAAAAGAAGAACAUACCAAAACGCUUCUCUUUUCUCAGUUAUGGCAUCCAACAAUGUUGCAAAAUUGAAAUAUUGCACAACAGUCAAGAAUCCACCAACGCAUGUGGAGUCGACACCAGUUCGUAAAGUUUCUGAUAUAUCUAUGGCUUGCAGUGUAGACGCCAGGAGAUUGUCAUCUCUUUCAUCAUCGGAUGUCAACAAGCCAUUACCAAGAAUUAACCGUGAUGUCACACCGACAAGUCAAUUGAGAAAUGACCCUCCUAAGAAGCAGAAUAGGGUGACACCAACAAUGCAAACGAAAAAUGAAUCUCAAAGGAAACAGAGUAAGAUCAAGAACAGGCUUUCCCAGAUCUUUGGCUUCUCCAAGAAGAAGAACCACAACGCUGGACGAACACAGACCCGACAACAACAAAAGUCAUUAAAGCAUAACAUGCAGAGACCUAUAUCAACACCACAACCUGUCACAACCCAACAAGAAUCUGACUUAAUGGGGACUAAAAAGUUUGUUGUUAAGAAACACGUUUCAAAUCCACCAACUGUUGUGAGAGAUUUUCUUGAUGAGGACACAACACCCGAAGUCGAAACCUUUGAUGAUUGCAAAACGUUUGAAUCUUCAAUGUCUGCUAUAUUUGACGAUGGAGAUGGUGAUUAUGUUGGGCGCAAUGUAGAUGUUAACAUCAAGGCUUUAACAGGCUUCAAUUGGACCAUUACAAGAGAGAAUUCUUCUGUGAAUUGCAAUUUGGAUAAGCAGUGGCAAUUGUCAAAUUCCCCAAGAGAACCUUCUGUUCCUCGGGUUGUCAAGUCUGAACCACUCUUUGGUCCUCGUCAAUUUUCUGGCCAAAGUAAAACUAGUGUCACUUUAUCAAAUGAAGAGUUGGAAGUUUCUGAUUCUGAAACUAACCCUGAUGAUAUACCCCCUGUGGACUCAGAAUCGCAUUACUCAACGCAUCACACAUCUGAUGCGGAACCUGCUCGAAAGAUAUCUCUUCGCUCUUCUUCAACGUUAGCUGUGAAAAAAGUCAGAGCUGUCUCAAACGAUCAGAUUAGUUUCAGAGAUCAAUCGGUAAGGAACGUUUCCACACCAAGUGCAGAAGCUAUAGCGACGUUCCUAAGUUCUAUGGAUAACAUUGAUAUGGAUGAAUCCUUCACUUCCACUUAUAGGGAGGAUAAUUUACAUCUGAUAAGAAUUGGUGUGGAAGCAGAAGAUGAAUCAGGGAUGAAUGAUAUAGAGACCUUCACCACUCCAAAGAUUUCAGAAGUGGAAGGCUUUGAUCAGGAAGAUCAACAUGAUCAAUCUACACUUGAAAUGGACGUCGACACACAUACACCGAACCAAGAAGUUCAAGAUGAGGAUGUUCAAUUGGGUUACGCUAACAUCAAGAAAGAGGAGAUCAACUCAAGCACUGAAAGUUUCAGAUCCUGUAUGAGUAAUGUCAAAAUGGAAAAUGGAGAAUUGGUCACGGUGCCAAAGGGCGAGGAACACGAUGACAUUGACCUUAUGGUGUCUCGUGAUGAAUCUUUCAAAUAUUUGGCUGGUAUAUUGGACUAUUCUGUUGAGCCGGUAAUAAAGAAGUCAGAGACUUUCCAAUCCUUCACAAGGUCAUACUCUUCGUACAAGUACCUCUCAGUGUUCAUCGAUUCUGAGGCAAGCGUUUCUAGCGAUCUCUACAAGUUCUUGCAAGAAAGUUGA